AUGAAGCGGCCGAAGAGCAGCGGCGAAGUGCGAGUUGCCGUCGGGGUGAGGAGGUGGAGACCGCUGCACAUGCUCCUCGGCGCGGCGGCGCUCUACCUUCUCUUUAUCUCCGUUAAAUUUCCCCGUUUCCUAGAGAUGGCGUCCAUGCUGAGUGGCGAGGACAGCUUCGUCGGCCUCGACCGCUCGGUCGCAGGGGACGACCUCAGCAAGGCCCUAUUACGUUCUACCUACAGCGAUUCAUUUCAUCGUAAGCUAGAGGAUAGCCGCAACCAGAAUGCCCCCCACAGGCAAGAGAACUUGCCACGAUGGAGUAACGCGGACUCACGGAUGGUCGUCCGGGGGCACGAGCACCAGUAUGGAAGGAUUACCUGGCAGAUCAUGAAACGGCGGCGAAAUGGAACAAAUGGUGAUGACCUUUCGGAGUUGGAACAGAUGGCGGAUGAGGCAUGGACGCUGGGGACGAAGGCAUGGGAGGAAUUGGAGAGCUAUGAGGCAGCUGGCGGCAGCGAUCAGGAGACAACUGAUGUACCUGUUUCUGCGAAGCCUGAGACUUGCCCAACCUCACUAUCUCUGAACUCGGAGGAUAUGGCAGCUGCAGGUGGUGGUGGGGAACAACUCAUGUUCCUCCCCUGUGGGCUCUCAGCUGGGUCAUCCAUAACAGUGAUAGGAACACCCCAUGUUGCCCACCCGGAGUAUGUUCCUCAGCUUGCGAGGCUGAGAAGAGGGAAUGGGAAUGUAAUGGUCUCCCAGUUCAUGGUGGAAUUGCAGGGUCUUAAGGCUGUGGAUGGGGAGGACCCCCCAAGGAUCCUGCAUUUAAAUCCACGGCUUAGAGGAGAUUGGAACCAAAGACCAGUCAUUGAGCACAAUACAUGUUAUCGCAUGCAAUGGGGCAAUGCCCAGAGAUGUGAUGGAUUGACCUCUAAAGGCGAUGAUGAUACUGGUACGAGAUUGUUCUUAUCUUUCUUUGUGAUAUCCACAGUUGAUCAUGAAUGAAGGAUGGAUGGAGUUAUUACUAGGCCAUUAAUUCUACUUUUUUCACUAGAAGGAACCCAUUAAUGUAGGCCAUCACUUCCAUUCAAAAUAAGGACUAAAGGUUUUUGGCCCAAUAGGCCCAAAAAUGGUGGGCCAGGUGUCCAAGAAGCUUAAAAGAUGGCUAGAAAGAUCAGAAGACCAUAAAAGGCUCAGAUCAGAUUUAGCCAAGAAUAAAACAUCUUAAAUGCAUCAUAGAUUAGUUGUCCCACUUUUAGCUUAUUUUCCUCCUUUUAGUUUAUUUUGAGUUCAUGUAAACACACCUUAAAUUUGUUUUAAGGCGCCAUUAAAAUGGAACCACCUUUUUAGGGGUUCUCUAAUAGAAACUCAUCCUAUUUAAAGACCCCACAUUGUAUCCUCAGAAGUAUUAUUCAAAUAUCAGGAAAUUUCUCCUUUUUUGAGAUUCUAACUAUUUGCUUGUGGAUUCAAACGCUUCCCUUGUGAAUUCAAAGGCUCCAUUUGGUAUUGUGGAUUCAGGCUCACCACCUUGUGGAUUCAAGGGUCAAAGUUUAGAGAAUUCAGGGCAUGACUCUUCAUGGAAAUUUGUUUCUUAUGGAAUAAAGGAGGAAAUUUCUCCAUGCAACUCCGGUUACAUCACCAUGGAGAAUUGGCCUUCUUCAAUCUCAGAUAAUUUUAGAUGGCCCUUUCUUCUGUACAUUUUCCAUCUUCCAAUUGAUCACAUUGAAGACUAUAGUUUUCUGCCAAAGAUUAUUUCGCCUCUAGGAAAUAGUAGGUGCUUAUAGACAGCUUUCUUUGUAGCUUACGUCCUUUGUGGAAAAAAGCUUUCUUUGCCUUGAAAGAUACUUUGGUGUCCUCUUUCUAGAAAAAGACGAUGGCACAAUUCAGAAACUAUGACUUCAAAGUGAUGCCGUGGACUGGGUACUCAUCAUCCAACUUUCCUUUGCGAAUUAUAGAAGAAAGACAUCAAAGUCAUGAUUUUAAAUUGAGGCACCUAAGUGCAUCAGCAUUCUGUGUCUUUAUUUUUUUUCGUCGAAUUUGUGGAGUGACGUUUUCUGAAAAUUUUAUAAUGAAUUACAUAAUGAAUGCUGGUGUUUUGGUUGUUUUGUUUACGUCAGCAUGUUUUCCCUGAACCUUUCAACCUUCUUUAAUUUUUUAUGUCAACAGUGGACGGAUUCAUCAAAUGUGAGAAGUGGAUACGCAGUGAUGUGGUUAAUUCCAAGGAAUCUAAAACAACCUCAUGGUUACGAAGAUUCAUAGGCCGUGCAAAGAAGCCAGAAAUGACCUGGCCUUUUCCUUUUGUGGAAGGCAAAUUGUUCAUACUCACGUUACGAGCUGGUGUAGAAGGCUUCCAUAUUAAUGUUGGUGGUCGGCAUAUAACUUCUUUCCCUUAUCGAACUGUAAGUUUGUGCUUUUUUAUUUUUCUAAUAAUUACCAUACCUGUGUAUAUCAUGGAAACUGUAUUUAUGAUAUCGUGUAGCAUUCACUGGAUUAUGCGAUGUUUUCAAAGCAUUCUAUAGUCUAGGUGUUUAUAUAGCUCAUUUAUUCUGUGAUAUGCGGUAUUAUGAUUAAUGAGGUCCUUUUUUCAGGGCUUCACACUUGAAGAUGCAACAGGAUUAUCAAUUAAAGGAAAUAUUGAUGUUCACUCUGUAUAUGCUACGUCACUUCCUAUGUCUCACCCAAGCUUUUCACUUCAGCGAGUCUUGGAAAUGUCUGAGAAAUGGAAGUCUGUUCCUUUAUCUGGUCGUCCACUAGAUCUCUUUAUUGGCAUUCUUUCAGCAACCAAUCAUUUUGCUGAGCGGAUGGCUAUAAGGAAGACCUGGUUCCAAUCUUCAGCAAUCAGAUCCUCAAAAGUUGCUGCACGUUUCUUUGUUGCAUUGGUAAUGUCAUUAUACUCUGGAUUCGUCCAUGGAAACGUUUUCUCAAUAUAUAUGUUAGCUUUUUUUCUCUUAAAGUUUAUCUUUUGAAUAAAUGCUCUGGGCUAUUUGAGAUCCCGGCAUCAAGGCUUCUAUGAUGCCUAGACUAAUUCUAAUAGGAGCAAAUGUAAACAUCUUUAAACCGUACACAAUUAUCUGUCAUUCUGAUUUGACUUUUUCCCUUCGUCUUGAUUUUGGACUUGAUGCAUUUAUGUAUUCCUUGCGGGUUUAUAAGGUUUGUUAAAAGAGAAAUGUUGUUUAAAAGUUUUUUUUUUUUCAUUGGUUGGAUCAUCCCUGUUGAUUACAUCCAACAUUAAUUGCACUACUCUAACAAAUUAAUCUCCUUAAUUAGUUGCAUGUAAAUGAUCGCUUCAAUAAAAUGGUUGAUACAAUAUUAAUGAGCUGAGGGUUUAUCACCUUCUGUUUGAUUUUUGGAAAUAGGAUAAUAAACAUUCACUUUGGGUAUUUUAAAAAACUUUAAGAAAAUUCUAAAUAUUAAACAAAUUAAUGCGAUUUUCAUUUUUUGUUUAAUUAUUUUUUGAUAAUCCCAUUUUUUACUGAAUCACAUACCGUUGGGACAGAACCCAUUUGGUGGCUGUUUUAACCCUAUUUGAUUUAGGCUUGGAGCCCUCUAGAGAUGGUUUGAGUUCAACAAUGAUAAUGGCUGGCUAUUUUCUAGGUUGGAACCUAAUUGUUUAUGGGUCAGAUCCCCUUCAAUUUUAUGUCUGUAGGUCAUUUUCUUCCAUGAGCAGGCGCUUGAUUCGUAAUGGAGUAGCCAUUCAAAGGCGCUCAACUAAUGUUAAUAGUUUGUGACUAAACUACUUGGUCCCCUUAGGUGGCUUUGCCCACUUGAUUUAAUGGGCCUGAACUUCUUGAGCCCAUUGGGUGGUGCAGCUUGAGUGACCUAAUGAGUCUGAACUCCUUGGGCCUGUUUGGUAACGGAGCCGAAAUCUAUUGGUCUGAUAAGUCGGUUUUCCUCACACUUCACAAUAGGUACCCAAAUUUUCAGUCUCAAAAGGCUAUUUCCACCUAACGUAACGGGCCUAAGGUUCUUGGGCCUAUUAUGGGACUUUGUCCCCCUAACCUAAUAGAUCUUAAUGCAUGUAGUGCUGCAGGCUUGGGGUUUUUUCAGUUGAACCGAUUUGUUUGCUAUCCCACCGAACAUACCAGGUCCCAUCUUCUUGUUAUUGGCCUUGUUGUAUAGUGGGCCUGAAUCCCAACUGGGUCCCCGUAGGCAGCUUUGACCAAUUUUGGGGGGAAAAAAAACUUUUCUUCGAGCUUAUUGAGUCCUAGGGGCCCUUUAUUUGCCAUGGAUCCUUUUUUAUUUUUUUUAUUUUUUUAUUAUCUUGCAAAGGAUCUUCUAACACACACUUGGCAUAUCAGACCUGCACUUCUUGAUUGUGUGGGCUCAUUAGGUGGAUUUCCCAAAAUAAUGUGCCUACUCAUUGGUUUUAGCCAAUUCAGCUUCGCCAUUGUUUUCCUUUUUUUCUUUUUCUUUUUUUCUCUGGGACCCUUUACUCCCUCCACUUUUUAUUUCGCUUGUUCUUGUUGGUGGUCUUUUGGGUUCUUCUGCCAACCCCUUUUCCUUUGGCAUCUUUCCCCACUUCUUGAACCCAUUUUUCCCUGCCCACAAGUCAUCCUUUUCUACGUCAAGAAUCUAAGCCUCCUUUGUGUGCAUUAGUCAACAGAGCUUCCAGCGUCUGGUGGCAGGUUUCUUCCCUUUUCUUAGUUGAGCGGCAGAAGCUUCCUUCGUAACUGUCCAUUGUGUGAUGGUGGGUUCCAUUGCCCCCCACCCCCCACCCCCCCUCUCCCUCCGCUAAUCUUUCAGAGGACCAGAAUCUAGGGGGACUAGCAGGUUGUUUCUGUUGACUUGUUGUCCAGUGAUGUUUCUCUGAGAUGGCCAAUGGCUAACUGACUUCACAGUGGACUUUCAUGUACUCAUGUUUAUCAUGCUUUUAGUAAUGUGAUUAUGCUUUCUCGGUGAGAUGUCUGCUUAUUCCAUAGCUGAUGUCAGAACCCAAGAAAAGAGGUCAAUGCGGUGCUGAAGAAAGAAGCUGACUAUUUUGGUGACAUCGUGAUCUUGCCAUUCAUAGACCGCUAUGAGCUCGUGGUCCUGAAGACCAUCUCAAUAUGUGAAUUCGGGGUGAGUCAGAUUAACUCCCUGCCUGCUUGUUGAGUGUUUCAGUUUUUAUUUUAUAUUUUUUGUGUCCCUGUGGGGAGUCCUUGAGCUGUCCAAUUCCCAUUCAGGUCCACAAUCUGACUGCCGAGUAUAUCAUGAAGUGCGACGACGACACGUUCGUUCGUGUGGACACGAUACUGGGGGAGAUCCAGAAGAAUCCCCGUAGGUCGCUAUACAUGGGGAACCUCAACCUCUUGCACAGGCCUUUGAGGAGUGGAAAGUGGGCUGUGACAUUUCAGGUAAGGUCACGGCGCUGAGCUGUCCAUACUGUGGACCUUGUUUGGUAGAUUUUUAAGAAGUCAACUGUUGCACACUUCUCGGGAGAAGUUGACUUUUAGUGUCUCUAAUUCUCUGGAACAACAGGAAUGGCCGGAGGCGAUAUACCCGCCCUAUGCCAAUGGACCUGGCUACGUGAUCUCCAGCGAUAUUGCGGCCUUCGUCACCUCCCAGCACCAGAAUCAGAGCCUCAGGGUGGAUUAUCCACCGCUUGAAUAAAUAACUGAUCCAUUUUCAUUCAUUAGUUGAGUUUAUGUGAUCUAAUUAGCGAUGUGGAUGACGUGGCAGCUGUUCAAGAUGGAGGACGUGAGCAUGGGGCUUUGGGUGGAGCAGUUCAACACGAGCUCGGCGGUGCAGUAUUCCCACAGCUGGAAGUUCUGCCAGUACGGCUGCAUGGAGAACUACUUCACUGCCCACUACCAGUCCCCCAGGCAGAUGAUCUGCCUGUGGGACCAGCUCGCCCGCGGCCGGGCCCACUGCUGUAACUUCAGAUGA